GUGUCCUCUUUAUACUUUGAUUCAAUUUCACUCCUCCAGAAGAAAAAGAAGAAAGGGAUAAACAAUAAAACUCCGGGUUGAUUGAAAAAAGUUGUUAGCUGCGGGGUUAGGAUGUCUUCUGGUUUCUCUCUCUUAAUGAGUUUCUUCGAUUACAUCAGUUAAGAUUUGUAUGUAUAUGCUAUGUAUUGAGCUACACAAAUUCUUUAUUUGAGCGAAGAGAUCAGAAAAGGUAAAGAAACAUACAUUUUCUUAGUAAUCUGUUGUGGGGUUCUUCUGUUUUGCUGUAGAGAAAAAAAGCCUUUCAUGUUUGAGGUGGUAAAGAUUCUGGCAUGUCUUGUAAUUAAGUUAUUUUGUUGUCCUUGAAGAGUUACUCUCAAUAUCUAUGCCCUUGUGGAUUUCUUGUAAUUUUAUCAUCUGUUCAAUUGCUUGGGGUGAAAUGGAUUAACAUCCGAUUAAAGUUAUAAUUUUUUUGGUUAAUUGAGCUUCCAGUAAAGAUUGAGUCUUGGAAUUAAGUAUGGGGAAUCAUGGCAAGAACAAGAAAAAACAAAAAGGGGCUAAAUCUGGCGAUUCCAAAGUGAAGAAAAACAAAGGUAGUGUGGACAGCCAAGGGGUGUAUGAUAAGGACAUGGUUGUGUUCAUUUCAAUGUCACGGGAAUUGAAGGAUGAGGGGAACGACCUUUUUCAGAAGAGGGAUUAUGAAGGGGCCAUGUCUAAGUAUGAAAAAGCUAUAAGUCUGCUUCCAGGGAACCACAUAGAUGUGUCCCAACUCCGAAGCAAUAUGGCGGCUUGCUAUAUGCAGAUGGGGUUGAGUGAAUUCCCUCGGGCUGUACACGAGUGUAAUUUGGCCCUUGAGGUCACCCCGAAUUAUGGCAAGGCGCUUUUGAAGAGAGCAAGGUGUUAUGAGGCAAUGGAUAAGUUUGAUUUGGUGUUGAGAGAUGUUAGAAGAGUGUUGCAGAUGGAGCCGAAUAAUCUCAUGGCUACUGAGAUUGCAGAGAGGGUGAAGGCAACAGUUGAGCAAAGAGGUAUUGGGCAACAUUUACUUGCAGCAGUGCCCGAGUACGUUGAGCCUCCUGUUGCCUCUUGUUCUUCGAAAGCUUCUCCAAAAGGGAGGGCGCGGAGGAAUAAAAGUAAUAAAAUUGAUGUGAAGCAAGAAGGGGCUCAAGAUAAUAAGACUGCUAAGGAUGGAUUUGAUGAGACCCAUGAGGCAAAGAACAAGACUACAGAAGGGGGGAAUGGGGAGGCAAAAGUUAAGGAUGGAGCUCUUGGGUUUGAGGGUUUGAAUCCCAAUGAUAAGAAAGUGGAGGAAAAGAAGGCCAGAAUAUCAGAUAAUGGACUCCAUGUUCAGAAGAAGGCUAAAAAUCAAAAUGAAGGGAAGGCCAAGCACACCGACGAGGAGGGAAAAGCUGAAGAUAAAUUGGCGGUUGAUGAAAUAAAAAAGGACGUGGAAAAACUUUCUCGUUCUAGAAGAAUGGUGAAAUUGAUAUUUGGGGAAGACAUAAGAUGUGCCCAAGUUCCUACGGGCUGUAGCAUUUUGGAGCUGAGGGAGAUCAUACAUGAUCGGUUCCCAAACUCCAAAUCAUUUCUAAUUAAGUAUAAGGACCAAGAAGGUGACUUGGUUACUAUCACAACAAGCAAGGACCUAAGUUGGGCAGAAGCUUCUUCUGUUGAACACAGUCCUGUCAGGCUAUACAUAGUAGAAGUUAGUCCAGAUCAAGAUCCAUUCUUCAAGAAGUAUUGGGGAGAAGAGAAACUGAAGUAUAAUGCAAUACAAACUCACAAAAUUGAAAACGAAGAUCUACUUAGAAGAAGCAAGGACUUGCAGAAGAAAUCAACUUGUAUUGACGAUGUGAUCAUUCAUUUUUCUGAUCAGUUUAAGAACUAUGCCGGAUUCAAAUGUAAUACUUACCCGGAUCUACAAGAAGUUGGAAUGAAACUCUAUUCAGAGGCCAUGGAAGAGAUGGUGACAAGUGAAGAAGCUCAAGAUCUUUUCACUGCUGCUGGAGAAAAGUUCCAAGAGAUGGCUGCUCUUGCUUUGUUCAACUGGGGAAACAUUCACAUGACCCGCGCCAGGAAAAGAGUAUACUUUACUGAAGACAAGACGAGAGCAGAAUCUGUUUCCACAGAGGUCAAGUCUGCCUAUGUUUGGGCAGAAAAGGAAUACUUAACUGCAGGAAGGAGGUAUGAAGAAGCAUUGAAUAUCAAACCCAACUUUUACGAAGGCAUUCUUGCCCUGGGGAUUCAAAAGUCUGAACUGGCAAAACUCUCUUGGUACUAUGCAAGUAGUACCAAUGCUGAUCUGGAAUCAUGGCCUUCUACAGAAGCAUUGCAACUCUACAAUGAUGCUGAGGAGAAUAUGGAAAGAGGUAUGCAGAUGUGGCAGGAGGAUCAAAAGAGAAUGUCUGAACUAAGUGAAACACAGAACCUCUUGAAAAAAAUGAAGUUGGAGUGUUUGUUUAGAGAGAUUUCUGCAGACGAAGCAGCAGAUCAGGCUGCAAAAAUGAUGUCUCAAAUAAACCUUUUGUGGGGUUCCAUGCUCUAUGAAAGAUCCGCGAUGGAGUUCAAACUCGGUUUGCCUGUCUGGCAAAAAUCUUUAGAUUUUUCUGUAGAAAAAUUUGAACUGGCUGGAGCUUCUCAAGCAGAUAUAGCUGCUAUGAUAAGGAGCCAUUGUUCCAACACCACUGCUCCUGAAGGCACAGGAUUCAAUAUUGAUGAUGAGAUGCAUGAAGCAAGAAGAUGGAAGAGAGAUGUUCCAUCUUUCCGUUUGGAACCAUUACUUAGACGGAGAAUUUCAAAACUCAAUCCUGCCCCUUAAGAACACAUAGCUAAAUGAGUUUGUGGAUUUGGCAUAUCAAUGCAUGUAGGAACACGAGCAACAUCUACCACUGCUACAUCUUCACUUCUUUAUACUCCGUCCCAUGUAAGUCGACCAACAUGCUUCCAACUUUUUUCUCUUAUAUUUGAAGGAGAUUGAGUGAAAGUGUCAUGGCAUUCUAAUCACAUUCAUCUUUUCAUUUCACUUUUUUUUUAAAGGAAACUUGGUUGGUUUGUAAUGGUUUGUGAGAGUUUUAGCUGAUUGUAGUUUUUGGUUAGGCAGUAUGUUCUUAUUAUUGUUUGUAUUGUAUUGCAAUUUUGCAUUGAUUUGUUUGUCAGU